UUUUUCUCCUCGUUUACCCAACCGCCCAUAACGGUUAUUUGCUUAAUGUGCAACUGCGCGUUUACACGGUGGCUUACGGGCAGAUGAGGGGGGUUGAAGUUGUAUUUUCACAGUGAGAGAGAGAGAGAGAGAGAGAAAGGGAAAAGCUACUGCUCCAAACAUCGGUGAGCAGAGAUUCAGCAUCUCUUCCCAAAGACAGCGCACAUACGAGGCUCGCUAGUUAAUGCAGCGUUUAAAAUCUUAAUCCUUUUUUUUUUGUUUUUGUUUUUUUGUGGAAACGCUAGUUUGGUGGUGUCCGCGGACACAAACCUCGCUGUGUCAAAAGAAAAGCUCCUGUCCUAAUUUGGCUGCAAGGACGAAACACCCGUAAGCUACACGGCCUGACCAGAGUCUAAGAUGCCCUAGGCCGGGAGAAGGGAAAUGUAAAUGGCUUCCAAAGUAAAAGAUGCUGUGGUGUGGUACCAGAAAAAGAUUGGCGCCUACGACCAGCAGAUAUGGGAGAAAUCAGUGGAGCAGCGAGAAAUAAAGGGCUUGAGGAACAAGCCAAAGAAGACAGGACAUGUCAAACCAGACCUUAUAGACGUGGACUUGGUUAGAGGUUCGGCGUUCGCCAAGGCCAAACCAGAGAGUCCGUGGACGUCUCUGACCAGGAAGGGCAUCGUCAGGGUCGUCUUCUUCCCGUUCUUUUACCGAUGGUGGAUCCAGGUCACCUCCAGAGCCAUUUUCCUCUUACUGCUGGCUCUCUAUCUGCUGCAAGUGGCAGCAGCAGUCCUGUACGUGACCAUCCCUCAGCCUCAUGGGAUACCGGCCACCGAGGUGUUUGGAGCCAUCUGGCUCAUGUUGCUUCUGGGCACCGUCCACUGUCAGAUCGUCUCCACCAGGACCCCAAAACCUGUCUCCAGCGGCGGGGGGAAGAGACGCAGGAAGUUGAGGAAGGCAUCUCAGAUGGAGGUGCAUAGGGAAGGCGACGGGUCUAGCACUACCGAUAACACACAGGAGGGGGCGCCACACUCCCACUCAGCCAGCACCACAUACAGCCUGGGCGCUCUCUUCCAAGAUUUCUGGCAUGAUAUCUGUAAAGCUGGAUCUAAGAAGUCGAAGCUGUCCAUUGACAAGUCGACAGAGACUGACAACGGCUACGUGUCUCUGGAUGGCAGGGUGACCAAUCGCAGCAGUGAGGAGGGGCUCCAGCUCCACGAGCAGCGAAGCGACCCGCUGAACAGAGCUGACGAGGUGUGCUGGAACUCUCACGCCAAGCCGACACACACUCACACACCCCGCAGCACGGGACUGAUCCUGGCAAGCGGCAAUAAGGAGCCAGCAUCUGAUGAGGCGUCCAGCGAGGAGGACCCUGAAGCAUCCUACAGCACCCUCCGGAGGGGAGUUGAAAGGAUGAACAGUGACUCUACGCUGAGAAACCGCAAGAAUACACACCACUACAAGAAACACUACGCUGUGGAGGAUGUCCCCAAGUCCGGCACCAGCUGCAGCUCCAGAUGUUCCAGCCUGAGGACUCAGGACUCGGAAAGCACUCGACAUGAGUCCGAGACCGAGGACCUGAUGUGGGAAGACUUCCUGCACUGUGCCGAGUGCAGAUCAUCCUGCACCUCAGAGACGGAGGGAGAAGGCGGAGGGACACCAGUCUGUCCUCCUGCUAAAAAGGAGUACAGAGACGACCCCUUCCAUCAGGGUCAUGUUCCCUGGCUGCACAGCUCCAACCCCGGUCUGGAGAGAGUGAGCGCCAUCGUGUGGGAGGGAAAUGAGUGCAAGAAGGCCGACAUGUCCGUCCUGGAGAUCAGCGGCAUGAUCAUGAACAGAGUGAACCUCUACACUCCUGGUAUCGGUUACCAGGUCUUUGGAAACAUGGUCGCAGUGACGCUCGGCCUCACACCUUUUGCGUACAGGCUGUCUCAGUACUGCGACUUGGAUCAGCUGACCACGCUCACAGCCAAUGAGCUGCUGGCUGUAGCAAUGGGAGGCGGGUGUGGAUCAGACGCCUCGGUCAUCACCAUGGUGACGCUCAGCUUCCUGGUGCGCGUCUGCCUUAUAUGGCUCUUCUUCUUCCUGCUCAGCGUCGCAGAGAGGACCUACAAACAGAGGCUGCUGUUUGCCAAGCUGUUUGGUCACCUGACUUCAGCCCGCAGAGCCAGGAAGUCUGAAGUCCCUCAUUUCAGACUGAAGAAAGUUCAAAACAUCAAGAUGUGGCUAUCGCUACGCUCCUACCUCAAGAGGCGGGGUCCUCAGCGCUCAGUAGAUGUGAUUGUGUCGUCUGCCUUCCUGCUCACUCUGUCCGUCGUCUUCAUCUGCUGCGCCCAGCUGCUGCACGUCCAUGAAACGUUCCUGGAGUGUCACUAUAACUGGGAGCUGGUGAUCUGGUGCUCCAGUCUGUCUCUGUUCCUGCUCAGGUUCGUCACUCUGGGCUCCGAGACGAGCAAGAAGUACAGCAAUACCUCCAUACUGCUCACUGAACAGAUCAACUUGUAUCUGAAGAUGGAGAAGAAGCCAAACAAGAAAGAGGAACUGACACUGGUCAACAACGUCUUAAAACUGGCUACCAAACUACUCAAGGAGCUGGACACUCCUUUCAGGUUGUAUGGUUUGACUAUGAACCCUCUGCUCUACAACAUCACCCAGGUGGUCAUCCUGUCUGCGGUGUCGGGAGUCAUAUCUGACCUAUUAGGGUUUAACCUGAAGCUGUGGAAGAUCAAAUCGUGACAGUGAACGGAGACACGGCAUUGACCUUCACACUCACUGACUGAAAAGACUGAACGCGCGACAUAUCGGAGUGCUUUGACCUUCAACGUUCCCACUUUGUGCAAUUCACAAACUAUUUAUUUACCCACUCAGUGUUUUUACUUUUAGGGUUUAUUUGAAUUGUAGUUUGUUUUUAUUUUUGUGCUCCACGACACAAAAACCAUGCUAUAUUUGACCUGUCUACAUCAAGUGUUAGUAUUAUUAUAAGCAUAAAUUAUAUGUUUAACGUGAUGGUCUAGGUUCUCAGCUGAAGUUUUCAUUCACAAAUCUGAAGGCAAAGAAUUGAGACACCGACAGGGCAAGAAUCAUUUUGUCAUUUUUGUGUUUUGUUUGCUUAAACUGAAAGUUUUUGUUAUUUAUAUGUUGAGUACAUUUCGAAAACUUCGAACUCUGUUACAACCUUAAAUCCCAUUUUCAAAGUACAUAUGUUACUCCACCGGUUUUCUUCCAGCAACAAAGACAAACUGUCCAGUUUUAUUACAACCUGAUGCUUAAGUUGUAGAAAAUUUAAACCACAAAGUAUAUUGUGAUCCAGCUACAGUUACAAUGAUGUUUAUUAACUCAAAUCUGGCUGGUUUGGUGCAGAAAAUCCACCGCUAAAAUUAAAAGAGACGUUAAGUUCCAGGUUAACAAGAAUGUAAAGAGUUUAAUUUACCUCUAUAACCCAUUCAUACCCACUCCAAGAUGUAAUAAUUACAUUUAGAUAUCUGUUAACACGACAACGACAUCAGGACUGCAGAGAAACAAUCAUACAGCUAGUGGAGAUGACAGAACAUUGAUACAGAUGUGGAAGUACAGUCUCAUUAAAUUUAAAAAAACCUUUUUAUCCUUAUUUUUGUCCACGUCGGUGGGUUUGACAGUAUUUCCAGCAAUAUGUACGCAGGUAGUAACACGAUAUUUUCAUACAUCUGUUAAAACGCACAGGAAAUUUGGUUUAAACGCAGAUUAGGACAUUGUUCUAUCCCUGCACGUGAACGUCUGCAGAAAGUGGUGCAAUCCCACAAUGCAACGCCACAUUUUAUACAUAAUUGACAAAGAUUCAUAAGUGUCAGAAAUAUAAUUUUACUGCUCCCUUUAGAGCAAACUGAGUGUGGAAUACAUAGAAAACUGACUAAGCAGACACAGACUGAGUCUAGAAGUGGCCUCUAUUUUUAGGAACAUUUUGGGUUUUUUAGCUCUUCUGACAAAAAAGGUGAAAUUUUCAGUUCAGUUGAAGAACAAAUCAGUGUAACUUCACUUAAUCCUGCGUAUCAUAACAGCAUGAAGAGUUAAACUCCAGAUUUUCCACCAACUAUUAACUCCCAGAGCUCAUUAGACAUUUCCCAGUGAUCAAAGCGAGAGUCAGUCAACCUGUCGGGUUUCUAAAAGCUGCAGUUAAAACAUGAAUGAAGAUAUGCACUUUAAAAAAAAAAAAACAGAUUUUAAAAUGGAAGAAAAAGAAGUUACAUCUUGUUUCAAUGUCGAGAUAUUUUUUCUUUUUAGUACCUCACCUGCUUGACACGACGUGUGUGUGUGUUUGCUGUUCAAGCGAAUGUUAGAACUUAAAAACAGUAUCGACAAUUCACAUCGCUCUCAUGGAAAA